GUUUUUGCCAACCUUCUCAACAUGAUCGACGUUCAAAGGGGAUUCCGCGCCAUUCGCGAUGUCCGGGUGAUUGGGUUCUACAGCGCCAAGGACAUCAGGUCCGACAAGCACUACGUCGUGUAUGUCAUCGAAGUCACCCUCGACCCGUCCAUGUCCACAGCAUCGUCGUCGUCGUCGUUCCUCGUCUACCGGCGGUACUCUCAGAUCGCGAUCCUUUCGACCAAGUUGCACUUUGAGACGUCGGUGGGCCUUCCGCCAAAGUAUGCGUUGCAACCGUACCCGCUCUCGGAUGAACAACUCGCCCAUCGAUACGACGGGUUGCGGCACUUUGUGGAGGAGAUCUUUGCAGAACUCAAGCGCCGAUGCGACGACAUCCACGACGACUCUGGCGCUCCGUCGUCGAUCACAAGUCGUCGGGACAUUCAGAUCUUUUCCGAGUUUUUACAUUUGCACAAAAACCGGCCGCCGCCGCCGGCGCACCCGCCUCUGGCCGACUGGGCCCAUCCAGGGGACUUUCUCUUGUCUUCAGACAGAUCCGGCGUGAGUUCAUCACGCUUCUCAUCCAUUUCGUCGGAAUCACUGAGCACCCUGGGGUGGGGCGAUGGGGGAGAUGGUUUUCACGAGAACAUUGUUCACGAAGAAAUUGAAGAAGAAGAACAAGGUGGCCGUCACGUCCGAGACGACAUUACGACGACCACUCAGUUGGACCUGUCCAACUACCUCCGCAACGACGUGCUGCAAGUCGAAAGCCAGUGCCAUGCGCUAUGGAAUGUCGUGCAAGCAUAUGUACAAGCGGCCCAAACGCUGUCGCAGGCCACGGAGACCGUGCAAGUUGAGAUGACGCGGCUAUCGAAAAUGAAUUUACUCGUACCUGCAGCUGCCCAACCAGACCCAGGAUCUACUGCGUCAGAGGACAGCUCUCCCGCACCGCUACUCCCGCCGCUUCCAUCAGCCCUAAACUUCUCCAUGGAGCGCUGGAAGCACCUUGAGCAAACAUGUGGACAGGACGUCGUGGCUCCCAUUCGUCACCUCUGCCACGACGUGUUGCCCGAAGUCAAGGCCACGUAUUGGGGAUCGAAUGCUCCUGUGUUGUAUCCAGCGUGUCGAUACCGCCAAGAGCGGGCAGCGAUGCAAACGUCUCUACAAUCCACCUUAGCUGCCGUCUCCGCCGCCUUCCGCGCCGCCGCCAUCGAGUUUCUCACGCCGUGUCCCACCGUCAAGACCGAACCUGCGACACAGUGCAACGAGGAUAUGACAUCGCCACACUGCGACAUUGUGGCUACUGCUAUCGACGCAACUUGCACCAAGAACGAUGGACCUACAGUGGCAUUUGCGGUCCCCCAAGUGUAUGUGUGGGGUCGGUUGCCCGAUGCGACCACGCCAUUGUUACGACCGACGCCGCAGCCAAUCAAAAUCGGCCAAGACAUUGCACAAGUCGCGUGUGGUGGCGACCGCGUUCUCUUUCUCACAGGGUCGGGCGAAGUGUACAGCUACAACCCAGAUGAAAAAGGUCAGUCCCUCGACAGUCCCCAGCUCGUGGAGCAGUUUGCACUGGACAAAGCACUGCAUCGAAGCGUGGUGGUGUCUGUGGCAUGCGGUCCGCAGCACGCGUUGGCCAUCACCCACGUCGGCGAAUUGUACUCGUGGGGAAGUGGGGAAGACGGACGGUUGGGCCAUGGCGACGUUCGAGAUCGCCCCGUGCCUCGAAAAGUCAUGAGUUUACUUGGCGAACGGGUGGUGCAAGGCAGCUGCGGUGGGGCGCACACGGCAGUAGUCACCGCCUCCCAUCAGUUGUUUACGUUUGGGCGCGGCAAGCAUGGCCGACUGGGUCUUGGUUCCACGGCACUCCUCCUUCAAACGACGCCGACUGCGAUUCCAUCGACGAUGACGUGGCAGCGGGUGUGUUGCGGAUGGAAUUUUACGGUCGCGUUGACCAUGUCUGGCCAAGUGUUGAGUUGGGGCAAACAGGCCGAAGGCCAGUGCGGUCUUGGGUAUAUUGAGGCGGACCAGUGGACUCCCGUACCCGUCGACGCGCUUCGUCCGUACACUAUCGCAGACGUGGCGUGUGGCUACACGCACACGUUGGCCGUGUCGGAUGCGGGCGAGUUGUUUUCGUGGGGAUUGGGUGAAUACGGUCAACUGGGCAAAGAAACCAUCUACCAACCAGUGCCCCAACUGGUCGACGUGUCGACUUGCUUGGCGAUGGAUCGAGUGCUGCACGUGUACUGCGGGGCCUUCCAUUCGGUCGCGACCACGCAACACAAUGUGCUGCUUACGUGGGGACUAAACGUGUAUGGCGCGUGUGGACUGGGUCAUACAACCAACAAAGAUGCCCCCGAGCGAUUGGACUGCUUUGACCGCGGGCACGAGUUGGUCGUGGUGUGUGGGCACAAGUUUACGAUGGUGCUGGAACGUGCCACGGGGUCUCACGUUGAGUCGAGAAUGGGGGCACAGUCGACGGGAAGUUUGCAAAAGGAAGAGGAUUUGCGUCGAACGAAGCGGCUCUGGCGCACUCGGAUCUUGAAGAAUUGGGACGCAUCGAGAGAUUCGCCGUUGGCGCAAACGUUAUGGCGACAAGGCAUUCCACCUUCUUUACGCUCCAAGGUGUGGCCACUGGCGAUUGGCAAUUCUCUUAAAAUUACCCCUGCGAUGUACCACUUGUACCGCCAACGCGCCAGUCAAGCCCGCCUUGGCAACGUCCAAGUACCGUUGGACGGCCGCGAGCACACAGUUAAGUUGAUUCACACAGACUUACCGCGAACGUUUCCAACGCUAAAGCUAUUUGACACGAGCGGGCCAUAUUUUGAUUACCUCCGCGAAGUACUCGAAACGUAUGCGUGUUAUCGACCCGACUUGGGGUACAUUCAAGGCAUGUCGUACAUUGCUGCCCUCUUGUGUUUGCACAUCCCCACGGAUCGAUAUUUGACGUUUCAGUGCUUGGCCAACGUGAUGGUGCAUGAGCAUUUGUUUACGUUUUACUUGCUGGAUGUGGAUCUGGCCAACGACUACUACAUGUGGUUUGACGUGUACUUCGAAAUGGAGUUGCCCCGCCUGCAAACGCAUUUGAUGCAGCUGGGCAUUCCGUCCAGCAUGUUUCUCAUGAAUUGGCUCCAAACGUUAUAUUUGCAAGUGUUGCCGUUGGAAGUGGCGUCUCGGGUGUUUGAUAACUUUUUAUUGGACGGGGUGUUAUUACUAUUUCGCACGGCACUGGCCAUCCUGACUUUGCUGGGCCCGACGUUGAUGGAACACGACCUCGAAGUCGCACUGCCCAUGCUUCAGCGACACUACCAGUACCAUGCGUUGUGGCUAGAGGUGUUGACCGAAGAGAAACUAUUUGAGACGAUCGCAACCAUCAACACCCCGUCGCAUGUGUAUAUGGGGGUUGAACGAUUGGUGCAAAACGUAUACUUUUACCAGCCUGGGUCGACGGCUGGGGUAUCAUUUCCGCAGCAAAAAAUCAGGAGGUCGAGGUAUGCACUAAGCGAUCAAUUGGACAGCAUCGUGGGUGGACUGUAGUACCCACAUGAUCAAUGUAGAACCGUUGAUACGAUAAAACUCUUGCUGGUUGAAAAAUCAAAUACAUUGGAGUUAUCGCGUAAAUCAACGCAAAUAGUACUCCCUGAAAGUACUUUGGCCGUGCAAAUUUACAUAUCAA